UAGAAUGCGCGUGGCAUUAUUAUAAUAGAUAUUGAUUUUUCUCCUGAACCGAGGUGACAGUAACACCGACUUUCUUUGUCUCACUCAAACCACGGUUAUAUUGUAGAUCCUGUAAGACAAGUAGGGCAAUCAACAUGUCCAAAGAAGCAACGAAAGAUCUCGUAACAGAAGCAAAGAACUUUAGUUCUAGUCUGGGAAAUGUUUUCUUAUUGAAGAAAAGGGAUCCACAAAGUAAGCAUCUUCUGGAAAAGGCGAAAGUUUUGAUCGAUGGUCUCCUGCAGGUUGACAGUGCAAGAACAGCCGCUCCGGCUGUUGCACCGAGACAAUCUAGAUCUGCAGGCGGCAUGGGACAACUGUGGGUGAAACUGGACGAAUUAAAGCGGGAAAACGAGGAUUUAAAACGUCAUCGAGGUCGAUCAUCAGAUGAAAGAUCCUCUCCCGGCAAAUCUCAAGGACCUGGUGAUGUUAUUAUCAACGAACUACAUCGUGCUAAGGCUGAUAAUGAUAAUUUGAAAGCUCUGGUGGAAAAACUUCAAAAAUCAAUCAAAGAUUUACAAACAGUGAAUGCUAAUUUACAAGAUGAAUACAAGAGGCAUAAAGUAGGUUUUGAUACUGCCCAGAAAUCAGUAGAACGGGUACGUCAAGAUUAUAAAAGUCUGGAAGCCACACUGUCUACCACCAAAAAAGAAAACGAUAACUUAAAGCAAAAGUUGACAAGCAGUGUGAAGCCAAUUCCAAGAACAGAUAACCGUUUUUCUGAAAAUAUAAGCGAGAGGUGUAGACCAAGUACGAUAGCCAUGAGGUACGACACUCUAGAAAGUCAAGAAUGGAUGGAUGCUAAAGAAAGCUUAGAAGAUACGUCAAAUAUGGACGAGGAGGACAUUACGAAAUUUUUGUGUGAAAUUCUAGCAAAAUCAUACGAAGUUUCACAAGAAAUAUACAAUAACCUUGAGGUUGCUAUAGCAGAAUUAAUUAAAAAACCAACACUAGCUAAAAUUAUCACCCAGAAUAGUUCAAGUUUAGAAGAAUCUGUUCUGCCAGAAGAAAUGGUUGAUGCUAUGAGAGUAAAACUAAGACAAAUAUAUGAAACUUUGGAUUGCAGUGAUUUUGUAGAGGCUACCAAAUACAAAUUAUCAAGAGAAUACCGUGGUCAAACUAGUAAUAAAACUGUGAACAGAUUUAUGAAUGAAAGUGCUUGCAUCACGUGGCAGAUGGUCAUUCAGCAGCCACCAAUGAGUCUUGUGGUUGACGACACUAAAUACAAUGAUGAAAAACAUAAAUUAUGGUGGAGCUGUGAUAAAAGCAAAGCUAAUAAUAUAGAUUAUUUUAUCUGGCCCGUGUUAUAUGAUUACCAUCAAGGUAAUGUGCUAGUAAAAGGAUGUGUUUCUACAAGAUGAAACCGUGAAGACAUGUACUUACAUGUAACCUAUGUGUUUAGGUUUACAAUGAACAGGAUUAAACUUAUGCAUUUUCUGGAACCAUUAAUAUUACCAGAUUUAUUAUAGCUUCCGUUUUUUUCUAUUAUUUAUUAAGUUGUGGUAUAUGAUGUAUGUGAUAAUUUUAUAUUAAAGUUGAAAGAAGUAUGGAGGAAUAAGGACUAGUAUAUACUUGUAUCUUAAAUGGAGUAAAGCUUACAUGAUUUGCAUACUUUAAACAAGUUUUAUUGUUCAAUAUACAACUGGAUAAGACACAAGUUUUACAACUUAUCCAGUUGUUGAUGUUUACAGCAACCGUAUUGCUUAUUAAAAGGUUUCACUUUAAGUAAAUAAAUACAGUCUAAUGGCUCAACUGGAACAGUUUUGUGCAGGACCAGUGAAGGGAGGUUCUGAAUGCGGUUAUCUAGUGGCGUGGGUAGGAUUAGGCUCUUGUCACAUUCAGGAUAUCAGGUGCCCUGGCGGGUAAUCGGGGUCUAGUUCGGGUCUGUAGAACGCUAUAAUGAUUGUCGCUCAAGGUAGGGUGACUGGCAUCCGAUCAUUAAAUACGGGAAACUGAAACUUUUACUUUUGUCAUUGUAUCGUUAGGCGCUUUGAUCUCAAGGACCAUUUUCCAACCAAUGACAGCGUGGUUUUUGUUUUUCCAUUGUUUUCUUGCUUAAAAUUUUCUUUCAAAAUCGUGUUCUCUGAUUAUUAUUACAUCAGAAAAACUAAAACGCAUGAAAUUCUUGUUGGGAUUUAGCUAUGCAAGAAUACAUAGAGCCAAAGUACACAAGUGUGUUGUAAAGAGAAAAAAAUGAGUGCGACUCAAGUUCGUCCAAAUAAGUUUUUGGUACAGAACUCAGUGAAGAAGAUAAAAGUGCCGAGAAUGAAACCCUCAUUUAAUUUGAGUAAAAUUCCAGACCUUACUCUUGACCUAUGCAGGCAGGAUUAGCUUAUCAAACAAAGCCACUAUUAUAAUUAUCAUCAGUAUUGUUGCUUUAUAAUGUGUAGGUGAAUACUCAUUAUUUAUACAUAUUGAGAAUUAUAAGUGAUUUUAAUUGUAAAUUGUGAUAUUAAUGCUAUACAUGUGUUUGUUACCACUGUUGAAGGGUAUCAUUCUCACCUAUGUUCUAAUAAAUCUUUAUU